GGGAUAACUCCACAAAACCUGACGGACCAGUCUUGGCAUAAACUAGCAUGUUAGCGGGUGGGACGUUCGUCGUAUUGUCAUGAUUUACACUGCAUGGAAGCCUAAAUAAGAUAAGAUCUUGAAACAUGAAGCCCGUAGCUCAAGCAGAUGUUCAGGAACUUACCAAAAAAGUUGAAGCUGUUUCUGAUAAGAUCAAGUACAUGGUGGUUAAUGAAAAGACAAUCAGAAGAUAUUUAAGGGCUUUCAGGGGUGUUGAUCCAGCAUACCAGAGAAUACUAGAAACAGAUGCCUGGCGAGGAAAGUCUGAUGUUGCAAGCAUCACUGCAGAAUCCCCAAGCAUUAAAAGAGUAGACAAAACAAAAAUUGCUGUGAUCUUAAAUGAACGGGACAAGAAGAAGCGACCAGUGAUCUAUGUUGCUGUUCGAAAUCACAGCAUUUACAACCGUGAUGUUAAUGACAUGACCCAGUACAUAGUGUACAUGCUUGAGGAAGCUUGUAAGAAAUGCAUCGAGGAGGAAAUGGAUAACUUGUGUAUUUUGUUUGACAUGAAGAAUUUCAGUCUUUCCUGCAUGGACUACCCAAUGCUUAAGACUCUGUUUGAAAUCAUGUCAGACCACUACCCUGAAAGGCUGGGUGUUUGCUUAAUUCUAAAUGCACCCUUCAUCUUCUCCACCUGUUGGCCUAUUAUCCGUGCCUGGCUAGAUGACAAUACAGCCAGCAAGAUACAAUUCAUUAAGCAAAUAAAUGACCUCAAUUCUUACAUUGAUCCUGGUGUACUCCCACGUGAUAUGUAAGCCCUUGCAGCUGCAGUAUAUUUUUUUGCUCUCUAUCUCUCUAUUUUUUUUUUUUUUUAUAACCUAAGCCUCUACUGUUUCCAUAAACCUAAUUUUUUCUUAACAUAUGUGUUCUGCUGAAGAAAACAAUAAAUCUCCCUCAUACUAACUCUACCUCAGUGCCUGUAAGGUAACUCAUAUUUACCAUUUGCCUCGGUUAUAAUGGUGUCAGAUGGCUGUCUAUUUUUAUCAUGCAAAAAAAAGGACUGCAAGACUUUAUUGCAGGACAUACUAUAGUUUCUGUGUAUCAGUAUUUCAGUUUUGGAAAGUAUGCUCUUCAGGAUAAAAGGUGAGCUAUUUUUUCACAUGUAAUAUAACCAAUUAAAUAUUUCAUUUUAAGAAGACGUGAUUUUAAAAAAAAGGCCAGUACUGAGCUAUUGUGUUCAUUCAUAACAGGUAUUCUAGUUAUUACCAACUGACUAUAGCCUAGUCCAGACCAAGAUACAGUUUAUUGAAACAGUUAAGCAACACUGUAGUGUAUCUGUACUGUCAAGAUACAAUUGUUCAAUGACUGAGCAGCAUUCUGAAUUUGAUGCUCCACAGUUUAGCAACUAUUGCAAAAGUCAUGAAAAACUCAAGAAACACUGGUGGCAAUUUGUAUCACAACUGUUUCACGACAGUUGCUCAGCAGUUACACUGUGCUGUACAUCCAGACCAAGCUACACUAAACUUUCAACAAACUGGGGGUGGAACGUAACACUUCAUUCAGUCCAGGCAUCUUUUCUCUUGUCCAGAUUGUGAACCUGGAAUAAAUACUACCUGCAUAAAGUAAAAAAAUAAACAAUAAUCUUAGGAGGAAACUAAAAUGACGAAGCUACAUUGACAGAUACUGCUGUUAGUAAAAUAGCUUUUCACCUAGCUGUGUCGACUCAUAUUGUCAGAAGCCAAGUAUUUGUAUUUUCAGUAUACACUGUAGAUAAUGUCAUGAUGUAGAUAUAGUGACAGGAUAGGCAGACAACACAUUAAUUCAAAAUUAAUUAAUUCGUGACAUUAUGUAGUUUUUUCUUCAAAAUACAAAAUAUGAUGGCUUCUGAUGGCACUAAAAGGUUUGUGAGUCAGUGCAGCUGAGUGAGAGGUUAUUUUUUUAUUAUUAUUAUUCUGCCAGCACGUAGCUACAUAGGAUACAAUUUUUUUUCUAGUUUAUCAGGCUUUUCCAGUUUCCUGCAGUUCAACAUCUCAUUUAUUAUGUAGUGACUAGUCAGCUGUAUACAUGAGAUUUCACUUAUCAGUAUAAUAUAGAUUCCAUGGCACAUGUAUUUUUCUGUAUUCAAUCACACACUACUUACAACAACCCCACAAUCGAGAACAAGUCAGCAGACAACUAACUAUUGGCCGAUAGAUGGUGAUGAGUUAUGUUACCAGCAACUUUCUAUCAUGUUCCCCAUAUCCAGUGGGAAACACAGUAACACAUGAAAUCAUGUCUCAGAACUCUCAAGCAAACAUUUCAAAACAAAUUUUUUAUUGUUUCUCAGCUGGUGAGCAAUUAUUCAGAUACAUUAUUGCAGGCCUGUUGCUCAACAAAUUAUCUUGAGUUGAAUGUGAGUAUGAAAUCAAAUCUUGCAAUUGUUUUGCAACAGUUCAGAGUGUUAAGCAGCAAUGUAUCUUGGUCUGGCCUAGGCUUAAGAAUUAAAUCCAGAUUAAUCUUAAUAUAUCUUUAUAGAAUAAAAAGCUUGUAUAAAAGUUCGGUAUAUCACAAAAUAAUUCAACCACCAGAAAUAAAUUUAACCCACUCACUCGGGAAUGACAUCCCAGCACAUUAUGUACAGCUGAGGCUGCUCUAAGCUAAACUGUGUGUGCUAAACAUUUGUCUGCAUGUUUGGCCCUGGCUGGUCAUUGAGGCCCUCAAAAGUAAGCCUAUAGCUUUUUUCAACUCUUAUUAUCAAACAAACAAAAAAAAAAGUCACACCUAAGAGCAUAUAAAACAAGGUAAAUUUAUGUUUCUGCACUUUUAAUUUUUCCCUCAAUUUGCUGACUCCAGUUUGUGGUUAGGUAUGGAGCUUCCAUUGUGAAUAGGUUAACAUCUUUACCGUCAUAUGUCAUUAUUGGAAUUCCCACGCCACCUUACCAAUUGGCAUAGGUCAUUGCUUUGGCAGCAGUGGUGCCAGGAGCUGAAUGUUUGAUGUACUCCUCAAAUAAUUUCUCUUUAUCUGACAGAUAAAAGUCUUAUAACACAAGUAGUACAUAUGCAUGAAUAUAAACAAUCUGAAGAGUGCCACAUAAGUCACAUGUGGUCACGAAAUCCUUUGAUUGUGUAUCGUAGAAUAAUUCCACUGAAACGAGAAAAGGUUAUGUUUUUUUGUAGUCAUUCCUUUGCUUAAUGAUGAAAGAAUUUAUGGAUCAGUUUUCAACUUUUUUUUUACAACUUUUAUAUUUUCUUGUUAAGAUUUUAAUUUUUUUUUUUUUUUUGUUAUAUUGACAAUGUAAAGAGAAAAUGCUAUUGCUUUGCUUUGCAUUUUUUUCACAUUAAAAAGGAAAUAUGAUUGAAUUUCUAAGGAUAUGAAGUUUGGUUGUCUAGAAAUAAGGAACCUUUUUGCAAGGCAAAAGUCUUUUAGUAUUAUAGUUUUGAGUAAAUUCAUAUUUACACUUUCAUAUAAUUAAUUUGUGUGUCAGCUUUAGUACAUAUGGCAUUUAUCAAAAAUAUGAAAUGUACCAUCGGUGGUACAUAUGGCAGUUAAGGUGUUAAGGAAACUUUUUAUAAGCUAGACAUUUGCUUGUAAAUACAGUAUUAAAUGCUGUCUUAAGUAUAAAAAUUAAGAAUACUUUUCAAGAGGAAAGAUAAACAGUUCAUUUAUUUCUAGUUUACCAACCAAAUAUUCAAUUUGUAAAAUACUAGUCUCAAGUAAAAAAAAAAAGGUCAGUAAUGAAACUUUGUGUAUCAUAGGUCUCCUGGUUAUUACCAACAGACUAACAGUAAAACCCCAGUUUAGCUUUAGAUAUAUAUUUUACAAAAUCAAAACAUGUAAUUGAGGGCCAAUGUAUACAUAAUAGUUCACUUGAGAUUUAUCACUUUUGAUAACUUUUUAGGGCAAAUAUUUAGGUGCAUUUAUGCCUUUCAGGUUAAUAACUUUGGAGUAUUUGGGCAAUUUCAAAUAAAUACCUUGUUUAAUUUGUGUAGUAUAGGUACACAAGAUAUUUGGUACAAAAUUUUAAGUCCACCAGUGGUGGUAUUAUUAUGUACAGAAUGUAUAAUGGGGUUUAAGGGCAAUAAUAAAAAAAAGUACUCAAGCUCCAAAGGCAUUUUUCUUAUGUGUUACAUAUAGUUUUGAUAUUCUAAUUAUUCCUUUUAUACAGAUAUUACUAUAGUUUUAUUUGCAAAAAAUAAAGUGUUUCUUGAUAAGCUAUUUUAUUAUCACUAUCCGUUAUCAUUUCUUCCAUCUGAGAUGGAAGUUUCCUAUUGGAAAUAAACUUGGAUUUUUUUUGUAUAAUAUUCUGUAAUAUAAUUUCAUUCUACUUCCAUGAACAAGUGAACAAUGUAAAAUAAAUUUUGGGUUAUUAAAUAAGAUACAAAGGUUUUAAUAAUAUUUUACUUCCAUAUCUCAUUACUGUACAUGAAAUUAUCUACAAUAUUCACAAAAAAGCAUGGCAAUACAUUGUUAAUACUGCUUUUAAAUACUUAAAACCCUCCCUCAUCCCUUUUAGUAUUACAUUUUCAAAUGGUAUUUUUAAGAGUUUCAUGCCAAUUAGUUUUUUGCUUCCUUUAAUCUAUGCAAAAAAUUAUUUCACUGAUUUUUUCUACAUUACUGGGAACAUUACAGAUAUACAUGACAAGAUCAUUAUAUUUUCAAUAUGCUGCAUUUAUCAUGUUACAAAAUGCACUCCCAUAACAAAACAAGAGAGAGCAACCAUAGUGAAAGUGACAUGUGCAAUCUCUCGAGAGACUCCGGCCUCAGUCUAUUCAGGUCAUUCAGGAGUAUCAUGGAGUACAUACAGCCAACACCUGUCUUUACAUUUCUAAAUAACCAUGUCCAAUACUGCUGUAAUUGAGAACAAAUUACUUCAAUAUUCAAUGGAAUAGACUUACAAGACUUAUAAAAUGGUCUUCCCUCCAAAUGCAGUAUACAAUUCAUGUCUCAUUUGCAUACCAAGAUAUAGACAAGACCUCUGGAGACUUCAACAAAUUUCUUCAUGAACUGGCUUCUAACAGAGAAGUCUUUACUAAAUUGUUAUAAAAUAGAAUAAGUAAUUGUAUGAAAGUACAAUUUCAUUAUAACAAAAUGAGACAUAACACAGCAACAGAUAUGAUUAAAGUUUGUACCUCAUAAUGCACCUACAAACAGUGAUAAAGACCAAGGUGAUAUCCAAAUACAUAUUGGUGGGCAAAUCUACAUAAUGUGUGUAUUAUGUUUAUGAAACUUCUCACACAGAAUUGUACAAAGUUAUGAUUCUAUCACUGAAAGUAUGUAAUAAGAAAUGUUAUACUUAUUUUGAGUCAUUGAAGUACAUUACAGAUUAUAAUGAAAUAUCACAAAAAGUGGUAAAAUGUAAAGCUUGAAACAAGAAGAAAAUAAAAAAUGGUUUCCAAAUGCAAUUGACAACCUAUAUUUAUAAUAUAUUUAUAUACAUGUAUGAUAAUGGGAGAUGCAUACUGGAAAAAUGAUGCAUACUUAAGAAUGUGCUCUUGUUCUCUGCUUGCUUACUUCAAAUUAUUUCUUCCCAUUGAAUUAACUAAAAACAACUAACACUUUUAUUGAUUAUCUCUAAUAAUCACUAAUAAGGCAAACAUAUAUAACCAAGAAUGCUGCAAAUUCUAAUUUAGUAAUCUGAAGUUAAUUUCAUCUGAGGUUCUCAAUCACAAACCAACAUAAUUCAAGCAUUAGCUCACCUGUACAUGACCUAAUACCUAAGAUGCAUGCUAAAUUUAAUUUUUUAUUUUAUUUUUGUUCUUUUCUUUUGCCUAUUGAACAUCAUUUUCAAACUUUUAAAUAAAAUGUCUAAACUUUCAUUCAAUACACUCAGUGUUUAACAACACUGAAAAGCAAAUGCCUCUAAGGUAUCUCAAAUAUCUACUCUUGUUGGUCCCUUCCAUACUCAAGUACAUCACUCUCUCAUGAAGUGUAUGUAAUUUAGCUGAUCCAAGAAAGAGACAAUAGAGAUAUUCCUUACUGUAUUAGGAAAUGUACACAAUAUUAGGAAAGGUAAACUAUCUACUCCUGUCUACUUAUUUUAAUAAUUCAAGACAGGCUUUCUUAAAAAAAAAAUAAUAAUAAUAAUAAUAAAAUUAAGUUCAUUUAUAUACAAUAACAGAUAAUUAGCCUCAUGGUAAAUAAAAAAAAAUCUGGAAAAAAAAAACAAAAAAAACAAUGCCAAUUACUUGGAAGUCCUGCUUUAAAAGUGCAAACCAUAAAAUAAGAUACAUCCUUGCACUCCUGCACUUACAAUUAAUCUCUGGGUUUAAUGAUACAUACUUUAUUUAGUUUUAUUUUUUGUUUUUUUGGUCUACUGUAAUUACUACUAAUACAUUUUAAUCACUUGCAACAAUAGGUAGAGGGAAUUACACUGCACUAAAAUAAUGUUGCAAGUGAUCAAAUUCGCUAAAAUCUGAACAUCCAUUUUAUGGUACAAAAACUACCUACAGUGUAUUCAACCUUCAAAAUCUGAAAGCACGAUGCUUGUUGUCCCAACCCCUAGUCAAGCUACUUAUGACUAAUACUUGCAAAGGAGAAGCUCCAGUACAUGUAGAUUAAGUUAUAAAUAGCUUUCUUUUUUUAAAAAAAUCUAAUUAUCUCUAGUAAAGUAUGCUUCUAAUAAAUACAUGAGACUAGAUAUGUAAGCAUGGUUUGCCUUCUCCUGGCUCUCUACUAAGGAAUUCUACCAAUGUAUGUUUGUCUUGACUACUGUUUUGUCUUUAUCAGAAAGAGAUGUUGAAGUAGAGUAAAAGCUGUACAUUAAGGGGACAACUACAAAAGAUAACAAAUAGUAGAUGAAUAGCUUAUAGCUCCUGGCAACUUGGAUCAUAUGGCACUAAAAUGAUAAUGGUGGGACUGAUAAAGAUUUCGGUUUUGGAGAAUUAUACCUUUUUUUUUUUAUAAAGAAAGCUAAGACAAUAUACAAUUUAAAGCAUUUCGUACCACAAGUUUGAAUAAUGUUUUUUCUAUAGUUUUGAUUAAAUAUCCUCAUUCCAAUCCAGAUUCAUUGUAGUACAGAUAACUUCGCCAUCAAGUAAUUUAACCCACUGACGCCAGCUUGCAUUAAGUAAUUCAGAAAAAUAAUUCCUCCUGACUUUGGUGAUUAUUUCAAGUUAUUUGGCAAUAUAGAUGCUUGGAUUAUAGUGAUAAUAUUAAUAAUAUUUGCAACUACCUUAAUCACUUUAAAAAUUAUAAGUUUCAAGAACCUUAUAGUUUCAUGUAUGUAAACCUUACCUGAGGUUUAUGCCAUCAUAUUUAGCUUCUCCAGCUUACCCCUUUCUUGAACUUGUGGGACAAGUGUACAUUAGGGGGUACAGCUCUGAAUCACUUUUGUCAUCUCCCACACCUUAACCAUAGUUUAUCCAAUGGUUUCUAGUUGUCUUUCAACUGCUUGUGUUAAUGCUCUCACUCUGCUGCAACCAGCAGCUAUUCACCACCUAAUAGAUCUUUCAGUCUCUAUCCUGCAAUGUAUCCUUUCUUU